GGAACCCAUUGGGGUGAUGCUGAGAAAUGGGGUCCAGCAGAUCUGAGGACCCCCUCCCAGCACCCACCACAGAGGGACACGUUGGGGACGGUGCUGGGAAGUGGGCUGCCCCAGGUUGGGGGAUCUGAGGGAUCCCAUUGGGACGGUGUGGGGAGGCAGCCCCCCCCAAGAGCUGCAUCCUGACAGCUGCCCCCGACCCCGCAGUGUGGCUCGGCUGAGUACAUGGCCCCAGAGGUGGUGGAGGCCUUCAGCGAGGAGGCGUCCAUCUACGACAAGCGCUGUGACCUGUGGAGCCUGGGGGUGAUCCUGUACAUCAUGCUCAGUGGGUACCCCCCCUUCGUGGGCCACUGUGGCUCCGACUGCGGCUGGGACCGAGGCGAGGCGUGCCCCACCUGCCAGAACAUGUUAUUUGAGAGCAUCCAGGAGGGCAAAUACGAGUUCCCCGACAAGGACUGGGCGCACAUCUCCUUUGGGGCCAAAGAUCUCAUCUCGAAGCUGCUGCUGCGGGAUGCCAAGAAGCGGCUCAGCGCUGCCCAGGUCCUGGAGCACCCCUGGGUGCAGGGGUGCGCCCCGGAUAACACCCUGCCAACCCCCAUCAUCCUGCAGAGGAACAGCAGUGCCAAAGAACUCACCUCCUUCGCCGCAGAGGCCAUGGCCGUCAACAGGCAGCUGACACAGCGCGACGAGGAUGAGGAGGAGGAGGAGGAGGAGCGCCCCAUCAUCAUCAAAGCAGCCUCCAGGGCCGUGCAGCUCUCACCACCCUCCGAGUCCCAGCUGGCGCAGCGGCGGCAGAGGAGCAGCGCGGCCAAAGCAGUGGCUGCGGGGCAGCACCUGGUGGCCCCGCUGGUCCUGGUGGCUGACCAGGCCUGA